UCCCUCCCUCCUCCCUCCCGGUCCGUCGCCGCCAUUGCUGCCGCCGUGAGCCACCUCAUGAGACGAUCGCCUAGAGAACAAGGAACCUGUGGGCAUUUGUCAACACCACAGCCUCGCCUUUCUGUGCGAUCCCGCCGGGGCCCGACGGCAGGGGGUUGCCGUGGCAACGAUAUCUGGACCACUGACCCACCACUGCCUGAAUGAAGUAACCGGCUUCCCCUGAUCUCACUGGACAUCCAAUCCCCCUUUUUUACACAAAAGGGAGAAAAUUCCACGUUUUAAGAGUGCAUGGCCACCGAAUGCGGUUGAAAAAAUAAUCACAGUGGGUAUUUACAUCAUAAUAUCUGAGGGUAUAAUGUAAUUGUUUCAAUCUAUAAACAUAUUCCAUCUGCAGGAACGUCUAACGCCUUCAUAGCCAGGAGCAGUGUGCAGAUUAUUUUACACAAAAGGGAGAUAAUUCCACGUUUUAAGAGUGCAUGGCCACCGAAUGCGGUUAAAACAAUAAUCACAGUGGAAAAUAAUCACAAACAUCAUCAUAUCUGAGGGUCUAAUUUAAUUGUUUCAUUCUAUAAACAUGUUCCAACUGCAGGAACCUCUAACGCCUUCAUAGCCAGGAGCAGUGGUGUGCAGAUUCUUUCCAUGACAGAACAUGACAUGAAUUCGCUGGUUGCCUAUGAUUCCUCGGAUUCAGAGACAGAUUAUGACAAAAGUGAGGACAUCAAGACAGCUCAAGGAGAACAGGAUUUUGCUCGCUCAAGUUUUAAAGUUCAACCUGCAUUUCCAAGGCUGGAAUCAUCUGGAUGCGGUCCAGAGGUAAACAUUGCUUCAUCUCAUCGAAAUGUGGAAUGCAAUUUCAACAGUGCACAGAAUUGUGCGCAGAGACACUCCAAUGCAACUUUCAGACCUCCAGGGACGACUUUAAAUAAUGUGACACGUUUUCAGUUUUCUAAAAGUGACUAUGGAAAUCCACGAGCUCUGCUGCAGAAAUCUGCCAGAGAUGGAAAAAUGGACCAUUCAGCACAGAAAAGGUUAAUUCAAGAUUCAGUGACUGAUGCUCAAAAUAUUAGACCUUAUGUACCCAAACGAUUGAGGCAGAACGAAGCUGUAAAUAAUAAAAGCAAUGAGCUUCGAGAAGGCACAGAAGUUGUCAACAUUGGCAUAGAUUGUACUGCACCGGAAGAACACCGGUUAGGUCUGCUAAGCAGAGUUUCAGACUUCAUAAAGCCCUUCUUGGAAAACACGCACAAAACCUCAAACAUCCCGAACUGCUUGAUGUUUGAACUGGCUCAGCACAAAGGACCAGUGACCACAGUACAAUGGUGUCCCGUGGAGACACACAGCCACUUACUGCUCUCUGCCUCCCUGGACAAGUCCUUUAAGGUAUGGGAUGCUGUUGAAACAGGCAGGUGCUUAAAGAGUUACUUGUGCCACUCUGGGGCAGUUCGAGAUGCUCAGUGGUCUUCUUGUGGAAGGCACAUUCUCAGUGGAGGCUUUGAUUCUAUGCUCCAUCUCACGGACAUUGAAACAGGUAAACAAAUCAUCACUGUUCAUAAUGACUUUCAAAUCACCUGCUUGGCAUUCAGUCCUACCAAUGAAAAUGUCUUCUUGUGUGGAGGGUUCAGCUCGACAGUGAAAGCCUGGGACACAAGAAGCUGCAAGGUGGUGAAUGAAUACAGUGCAGGGAUACAGCAAACCCUCGACGUUCUCUUUCUUCCAGGAGGAAAUGAGUUUCUUACCAGUACAGAUGCUGUCAGCAGAGACUCAGCAGAUCGCACGAUCAUCGCCUGGGAUUUCCAGACUUCUGCAAAAAUAUCCAAUCAAAUAUUCCAUGAAAGAUACACCAUCCCAUGCAUGGCCCUCCAUCCCAAAGAACCUGUAUUUAUUGCUCAAACUAAUGGCAACUACAUUGUGCUAUUUUCUACUCGAAGACCUUACAGGAUGAACAAAACAAAACGAUAUGAAGAGCACAAGGUGGAAGGGUAUGCAGUAGGCUGCAAGUUUUCACGUGAUGGAACUCUAAUUGCUUCAGGAAGUGCUGACGGGACAGUAUAUUUUUACAACUACAUGAAUUCUAAAGUGGUCCACACUUUGCCGGCCCACAAGCAAGCCUGCACUGAUGUUGCAUUUCAUCCUGUGCACCCAUCUAUAAUUGCAACUUGUGACUGGAGUGGAGAAAUCAAAUUGUGGCAUUGAAGGCCAGUUAAACAGUCGUAAGUGGGAGGUAAACUGUAGGUGUGAGUGAGUAACAUUAUUCCUCAUUCUCAGAUGUCAAAUGUUACUUACUUUAGAAAGUCACACGUUGACUUUUCGUAGCGAAUGUCUCUUAGUACAUAGAAUAUUAUGCCGAUUGAUAGACAUGUACUUCAUAUUCUUUAACACAAUAAAUAGAAAUAUGAAGGUUAAACAGGACCAAGUACACAGAUGCUGGAUUGAUAGUUCAUUUGGUUUAUGAUCAAUGGGCAGAUAUAUGUAGAUUGUUUGAUGUCAUUAAAUAAUGCUCAUGAUACAGUGACCCACUUAUAGGUAUUGAGCUUUUAAAAAGACGUUGAAGCAUUGAAAUGAACCAAUGCUUCAACAGACCACAAUUUAAGACAAUAUUUGGUCUAAUUUGGUUCCAAUUUGAAGCAGAGGCUGAAAAGAUUGAGCCAUCAAGAAUCGGACGAUAUGCACUUACAAUCCCAUUGUACAGCAUCACUCCUGUUAUUUGCGUUAAUGUAAGAAUGCCAAAAGGACUUGCGUUCCACUUAUUGACAUUUUAAAGUCCUACUCAUCAAGUGACAUGCCAAAGGUAGACACAAACUGCUGGAGUAACUCAGCGGAACAGGCUGGCAGCAUCGCUGUAGA